AUGCCGUACUCAAGUCUUUUCCGAUCGGAAGAGAUGUCUCUCAUCCAACUAUAUAUACCACAGGAGACAGCUCAGCCAACCGUGGCAGAAUUGGGGGAAUUGGGCUUGAUUCAAUUUAGAGAUUUGAAUCCUGACGUUAAUGCGUUUCAACGCGCUUUUGUCAAGGAAAUUAGGCGAUUUGAUGAAUUGGAAAGACAUCUAAGAUUUUUUGAUGCACAAAUUACGAAAUCUGAUAUUCCUAUUCGUCCACUUACUGGCGACAUACAAAAUAUACAUGCCCGAAAUGCUCAGGAAAUUGAUGACCUUGAAGAAAAAAUCAUAGAACAUGAACGACGCAUUACCCAGAUGAAUGAGUCUUAUGAGACUUUGCAAAAACAAUAUUUAAAAUUAACAGAAAUGAGAUUUGUUCUGCAAGAGACAAGAAUAUUUUUUGAUGAGGCUACGUCUAAUCAAGAUAACAUACGCAAUUCUUUUGAUGAGCCUACUGCUCCAUUAUUGGAACAACAGGACCUUGAACAUGGUGGUGAAUCCUUGGUUCUCCACCAUCUUAAUCUUGGGUUUGUUACUGGUGUUAUCUCUCGUGCAAAAAUGCAAACUUUUGAGCGUAUACUUUGGCGUGCAUUGCGCGGGAAUUUAUACUUGAAAUAUGUUGAAAUAGAUGAACCAAUUACUGAUCCGGAAACUGAUGAAGUGCUAGAGAAAAAUGUGUUUAUUAUAUUUGCUCACGGAAAAGAACUUAUAAAUAAGAUUACGAAAAUAUCGGAAUCAUUAGGUGCAACUCUUUAUCCCGUAGAUAGUGACCCUAGUGUUAGAGAUAAUAACUUAGUCGAAAUAACAUCACAAAUUGAGGCCCGUAAUUCUGUCUUGCAAAACACUUAUAAUCUUCGAAGAACUGAAUUGCUGAAAAUUGCCGAGGAUUUGAAUAUUUGGAUGACAAUUAUUAAGAAAGAAAAAGCAAUUUAUCAUACAAUGAAUUUAUUUAACUACGAUUCGAGUCGCAAGUGUUUAAUCGCAGAAGGAUGGUGUCCAAGUAAUGACUUUGAUAAAAUUAAUCAGGCGCUGAGAACUGCUACUGAACAAUCAGGCUCAACUGUGCCAUCAAUCUUAAACGAGCUUCGCACAACAAAGGAACCACCAACUUUUAUUCGUGUCAAUAAGUUUACUGUUGGCUUUCAAGAAAUAGUUGAUGCAUAUGGUGUGGCAAAAUAUCGGGAGGUUAAUCCCGGGUUAUUCACUAUCAUUACUUUCCCUUUCCUUUUUGCUGUCAUGUUUGGUGAUUUUGGUCACGGAAUGUUAGUCACAAUGGCAGCAUUAUAUCUUGUCAUUCGCGAGAAAAAGUUCGAGAAAGGUAUAAGUGAUGAGAUAUUUGCUACAUUCUUCAGUGGCCGCUACAUCAUUUUAUUGAUGGGUUUGUUCUCCAUCUAUACCGGAUUGAUAUAUAAUGAUUGCUUUUCUUUGCCGCUUAAAUUAUUCCCAUCCGGAUUUCAGUGGCACCCUAAUCAAACUGAUGCUCAGCAAGUUGGGGUUUAUCCGUUUGGUAUUGAUCCGGCGUGGCAUGGGUCGGAUAAUUUCUUGGUUUUUACCAAUUCAUAUAAAAUGAAAAUGUCAGUUAUUCUAGGUGUUAUUCAGAUGAGCUUUGGUAUUAUCCUUACAGUGUAUAAUUAUACCUAUUUUAAAAAGCGAUUAAGCGUCUGGGCUGAAUUCAUUCCUCAGAUGUUAUUUAUGCAAUGCAUAUUUGGCUACCUUGUAUUUACAAUAAUACUGAAGUGGUCUAUCAAUUGGAAUGAGCGUGAUAAUAAUGGUGGACUAACGCAUGGUGCACCUCCAGGAUUAUUAAAUAUGUUAAUUUAUAUGUUUUUACAACCUGGUGUUGUAGCUGAAGAGGAUAGAUUGUAUCCAGGACAGGGAUUUGUUCAAGCCAUGCUUCUUGGUAUUGCAUUAAUAUGUGUACCAUGGAUGCUACUUACCAAACCUCUUAUUAUGAGACACGAUCAUAAAAAAAUUCGUUCUCAAGGUUAUCAUAACCCUCAAAUGGAUACUACACGUGUGUCAACUGACGAAGACAACGAAUAUGGUGGUGCAGUGGUUGCUGAGGAAAUGUUUGAAGUAGAAGAAUUUGAUUUUGCUGAAAUCAUGAUUCAUCAGUCUAUACAUACAAUUGAAUUUUGUUUAGGUUGUAUUUCUAAUACAGCUAGUUAUUUACGGUUAUGGGCUUUAAGUUUGGCACAUGCUCAACUUUCGUCAGUAUUGUGGGAUAUGACACUCAGUCCUACACUUGGAAUGUCUGGAGUAUUAGGAACAAUUGCAUUUAUUAUUGCAUUUAGUUUAUGGUUCAGUUUAACGGUCUUUAUUUUAUUGUUAAUGGAGGGUUUAUCUGCCUUCUUACAUGCUUUACGUUUGCAUUGGGUCGAAUUUAACAAUAAAUUUUAUGAAGGAACUGGUAGAAAAUUUCUACCAUUUUCAUUUAAAUUGAUUCUGAAAGAACAAGAUGAUUAG